AUGCCAUUCAACGGCACAGUGGACGAGGAAGAGUUUUGCGAACUUCCUCCCUUGCUGACUGGGCGUGAAGUAACUGCCUUCCUGGAGCAGUUCGGCUUUUUUGCCAACACCCCACUGGAUUGGCAGAAGGGACCCUUUCCUGAGCUGCGGAUCAGUAUUGCAGGUCAUAGCUCUUCGGGACGGCACGUCUUCUACAAUGUUGAAUGUACCCUUUGGCGGGCGAGCCAUGUAGGCCAAUCACAAUCGGGUUACAGGAAGGAUGCUGCUGUGGCCCAACCCUGGCUGGUGUGGCGUGCAUCACGAAGGCUUGCUCACAUUCGACAGGGCCUCCAUGACUUGGUGAAACAUCACCUUGGCAGCAGCUACAAGACCUACUUUUGCCGUGUGCCCUUCGCGCAAAGGUUCAGACCAGCAGGCACAACGGAACGCCUCAACAACUGGUGCCGGCGCUUGGCCUACUGCCUUUCUUCGCGGCUUGUUCCGCCCAUUGUGGCGGCCAACGCGCUUCGCGUUCUUGGGGCGCCGAAUCUCAAGGACUCGGAGUUGCCCGGUGUUGACUUCUUCCUCGACUCGAUCCCACCCACGGAGAUACCGGAGGAGGGAGCCGAAAGCCUCACGACGCGCUCGAUGCGUUCCUCAGAGGGGCUGCAAUUGUCGUCUCCCAUCGCUGCAGAGCCAGCAUCCGGGCUGCAUUUGGCAAGCACAAGUCAAGCGCAAGUCUCUUUCACUGUUUCACUGUGUCAUUCUGUGUCAUGUUUCGUCAAGAGCAAGGCGAAACGCUCAGCAGCCGAGCCACCUGGGAGGCGGCUUGACAAGGUCGACAUACACCUUCCGGGACUUGACGACAGCGACUGCGAUUCGAGGAGUGACAGCCAGUGCUCGGGAUCCGCUGCACACUCGAAUCGCUCGAGUCGCUCGAACCCCGGUGCUUUGGGCUAA